AUGGCCUCUACGACUUUGGCAGGUACUUCAGUACCCGUUAAAAGUCCUGCUUUCGAAGCUACUCUCGGCACUGAAUUUGUCAAACUUAUUGUAGGACCCAGAAGAAAAGAAUUUGCAGUACACAAGAAGCUCAUAUGCGACUCAUGCGAUUAUUUCCGAAAAGCUUUCUGUGGACCAUUUAAAGAAGCUGGGGAAGGAAUCAUUUACUUGAUAGAGGACAGCGCAGAUGCCAUGGGAUUGUUCGUUGAAUGGUUAUAUCGAGGCAAAAUCUACUCCGGUAGAACCCACGCACAUUUCAAUACUCUCAUCAAGCUUUACUUGUUGACGGAAAAAUGGUGCCUUUACGAGUUGGGAAAUACCGUCAUUGAUAAUAUAACAAGCUUACUUUGGUUUGCUGGAGAUCUCCAAUUUGAGUACUGCUAUCUACAUCCGGAUGUGGUUAACCAUAUUUGGAACGAGACUGGAGAAAAAUCGCCGUUUCGAAGACUUUGCAUUGAGCAAUUAGUCUGGGAUUAUUGGGAAGGUGAUAAAUUCAACAUCACUCCUAACAAAGAUACACUAUCACAGAUUUGGAAAAUCUGCAGGAAUCACCACGACUUCUUCUGUGAAUUUUUUGCAUACUAG